AUGUUGUCACAGCAGCAUCAUUUGGACAUUACCCAGUUAACUGUGAGUGUUACCACAAAUGACAAGGAUGAGGCCUUCAUUGUGGAGCUGAGCGACAAGCAUGCAAACGGUUCAACAAGUUCUUCUCAGGUACUGCGGCAAUGGAAGGAUUUUGUGCAGUUAGAUCGACUCGUACGUUCAAUGGCCCCAAAAUUUGAUGCCCCGCAGAUGCCAGUGGUGGAUAAUGCUACACGUGAGGAAUUGCGAGAGUACAUGCAAGUUUAUCUUUCUGCCGCCAUCACAUGCAAUCCUUUAAAACAUCUCAAAGAGUUUCAGGACUUUCUUAGAUUUAAUGAAUAUAUCCAACAGGAGCGUCAGCGCACUUUUGUAACGGAUUACAAAUUUGCAACACUACGCCAUGUGGCCUCACAGCAACAGUUGUUACUUCAACAAAAUUAUAAGCCACGUAGUCCGUUAGAACUCCGACGGAUAAUUAAACCGGAGGGAAAAGAAACCGCAGAAGAAACAGCAGCAGAAGAAGAAGAAAGAGAAUAUUCUAUUCGUGGCAGUAGCGUGGCAGCAGAACAGCGUGAAGAAGUGGAUGAAGCAGAGAAUACAUUGGAUGAGUGUUUUCGUAUUAUGGAUGUUGGAGCAGCUGGGUAUAUUACAUUGGAAGAUAUGAAGGAAUUUUUUCUUUGUGCUAAUGUCAAUAGUGAGAUGUUGCAACUGCGGAAAGAUGAAUUAUGCAAUCGAAAACGUUUUGCUGAGGUGGUACGACAGACAUUACGCAAUGCAAAUAUUACACUUACUCUUGAUGAGUGGAUUGAUCGCUAUUGGUUGCAACAGUAUCGUAAGAUUUACGCAGCUAUUCCUAUAUUUUUAAACUGGGAAGGGGAUUGGAAAGAGUUUGGAAGAGAAACUAUGAAUGGUUUUGACGGUUUUGAAUUGGCCACACUUAUGUAUGUUCUCACAGAGGCGGGACUGCGUCUCUUGAGUACAUUAGAGAUAUCGGAAUGGGUACAAAGUAAACGAUAUCAACGCUCUUGUGAACUUACGAUGGAUCAAUUCGCAGUUUUACUCGAUGCGCUCUCAAAGGCGGUGCCUUUUGCAGAACUUUGGUUAUCUCUCUUACCCAAUAGUAACAACAAUUCAAAGAUGUUACAACUUAUCUAUACUUACGCCGCUAUUGCGGAUGUCACAGUGGUGGAAGAGCUGCAAGAACAUAUCAUGCAAUUACAAAGGAGAGUGGCAGGAACAACACGAGAUGGAGGUAAAUGUGUGAACUGCAGCAGAGUUGAGGAAACCCUGCGGAAACAGUCCGCACAACUUGAAGCGGAAAAAGUAGCGAAGGAAACUCUAAUGGCGAAGAUGCGUUACUUGGAGCAGCAGUUGGAGGAACGGUUAGUGGAACUCACACAAUUACAGGAGGAACACCAACACACGCAGAUGUUACUAGAAGAUGCUGAUCUUCGUCAAGCAGAGUUAAUGGAGACACUUGAGAACUCGAGACUACAAAAUGAAGGAAGAUCUUCUUCUUUUUCAGGUGCUAUGUUCACACAUACCGCAGUCUCUUUACCAGCAACAACUACUCUUCUGCAGUUACUGCCGUGUAGUACUACUGCUGCUGCUGCUGCUGAAUAUAGAAGAGAAGUUAAUGUGCCAACUUUUUUCAUAGGCGUUUUAAACACCAAAGGGGCUGUGGCGUACGCUAUUCCAUCCGAAUUCUCUUGUCCAUCUCAUUGGAGUGUUGGUGUAUUCUUUUGUGGUGAGGGCACAACCAUUGGGGGAGGCAAAACAGAACGUCUUGUCUUUCGUGAUGCUGAUGGACGGCGUAGUUGUGCUUUUCUUUUUAAAAAUAACGAACUGCAUGUUUUGGUAAAAGAGAAGAACAGUGAUGCAGAGAAGAGAAAGGGUGUUAUUAACGGCAAUAAUAGUCGUCGUGUGUUUCGACUCACCUCACGCCGUUGGUACACUCUAAAUUGUUUUCUUAAUUGGAAGGAGAAGACAUUCUCUGUCUCGCUAAAGGAAGAUGAUGACACUGGAGGCGGCAGUAGUGUUGGUGUUGGUGUUGGUAAUAUGAAGAAGGAGAAUAAUAAAGGAAAGGGUUCUGAUAACAGUAUCUUAACGAAAUCAGAAGAAGGUGUAUGUGGUCCAUUUACAAUGAUUGACGAACAGGUGAAUGGGAUUACCGUUGUUGACAUAUUUCCAAGAACAGAGCUAUUGGUUUGUUAUUGUAAUUUCUUUCUACAUUCCACAAUGGUUCCAUCUGCUGAUGAGAAGGUCAUGGAGAAGUAA